AUGGAUGAAAUUAACAAUGAACUAUCGGCAACACUGCUGGUGUUGCUUCAUUUAUCAAUGCACGUUGUUGACGAAGGGCAGGCCAUUAAUCCCAGUUGCUCCUGUAUACGCUUCACGUCUACGCACGGGAAGGAACGCGGUACAUUCAGUAGCCCAGACUACCCGCUGCCAUACCCACGGGAUAUCUGCCUCCUGUACACGUUCAUAGCUGCCCCUCAUCAGAUGGUGGAACUGAUGUUUACGGAUUUCGACGUGUACAAAGAUGAUCUCGAAUGCACUCAAGGUGACUACGUGAAGAUAUACUGGGAGGUGCAAGGGCCUGGGCCGCCAGGCGCCAUCAACGAGCGCUCGGCCUGGUCCAAAGUACUCUGCGGCAACAGGGCGGAAGUACCGCCAGCUUUAUAUUCACCCGGACCUUCCUUAAUCCUCGAAUUUUAUACAAGCUCAAGACACAAUAACAACACCGGCUUCCUUGGAACCUACAAUUUUGUUGACAGACGUCUAUUUGAUACUGAAGGCGUCCGGAUACCGGGCACCGAGUGCGACUACCAAUUCAGCCGGUCCGGCAACCGCCCAGCCCACGGCCGGCUCUACAGCCCGCGUUAUCCGUCCAUUUACCCUAAUAAUGUGCGCUGCUCCUAUCAUUUUCAUGCCAGGCCAAAGGACCGGGUGAAGGUAGUUUUUGAAGAAAUCUCCUUACAAAAAGGGGAUAUAAGUUGCCUGCGUCGUGCGGAUAUCAUCAAAGUGUUCGACGGAAGAGACACGAACGCGCCGACCAUCGCUAUGCUGUGCAACGAAAUUACAGGUUACGAAGUUCUGUCGACGGGACCAUCUCUCCUGCUACAGUUCACUGCAAACUCCGUGUCACCGGGCCAAGGGUUUGCUGCCACGUACCACUUCCAACCACCGCCCGACUCCACUGCAGCGGAUUCGGACCGUCUCUUGAAGCUAAGCUUCGGAAAAGCAUUUGAAUCUCUGGGGCCUGAAGUUAGCGCCACAACUUCAUCGUGUCAUCAGGAGUUUAGUAGCGACGGAACGAAGCACGGUACUCUUACGUCGCCACACUAUCCUCUCGCCUACCCACCAAACACGCACUGCCAUUACGAAUUUUUUGGGCGUGGAAAAGAGAGGAUAAGAUUACUGUUUCAAGAUUUCUUUUUAUACAAAUCAUCGGAAGGAUCUUUAAGUUGUACGAACGUGGACUCUCUUCAAGCCUUCGUUAACGUCGAUGGGCGACUAGAAAAUGUUGCUACAUUUUGUGGAGUCGACCUUCCGAAGCCAAUUAUGUCGAACGGUCCAAAGCUAAUGCUGGAGUUCCGUGGCACUCACUCUUCAAGACAUUCGAGAGGAUUCAAAAUAUCUUAUUCAUUUGUAGAAAAUUUUGGUAUAACAACGGGACGACAGCUGAAGGAAUUUCCUUGCGCAUUUGUAUAUAAUAGUAGCGAAGCGCACAACGGUACUUUCGCGUCGCCUAACUCGCCCGGACCUUACCCGAGAGAUACCGAGUGUUCGUAUUUCUUCCACGGCGGACAGACAGAGAAGGUUCACUUGCAUUUCACACACUUCGAUGUUGAAGGUGUUCUACCAUGCGAAGCAGUAUCCGCCAGCGACUAUGUCGAAUUUUCAAACUACAUGACUGAAGACAAUAGAUAUGGCAGAUAUUGUGGACAAAUGAAAGAGUUCCACGUCGAAUCCGAGAGGAAUUUCUUCAAAGUAACAUUUAGAUCAAACGAUCGAUUAGACGGUACUGGUUUUAAAGCGAUGUUCCAAUUUUUAGAGGCUACAGAUGAAUAUCAAGCUCCUAUCUUUGAUAAUGCAUCUAAAUCUUUACGUUUACUCGGGGAACUGCUUCUGUUGUCUGUCAUCGUAACACACUUGCAUCGCCAACUAUAUCAUUGAUAAAGUGAUAUUAGAAUAAUAAUAAAAAAAAAAAACUAUUAGUCUAUUAAUAAUCCUGUACAUUUUGUACUAUAGUCUGCGCCAAACACUGUAAUUUAAAUGUAGGAAUGCAAUAUUUUCUAUAAAAAUAUGUAUUAAGUUUUCGUCUACUAUUACCAACUAAAGCAAUAUAACACAAUAAAGUUUUAUUCACGCAGGCACGUAAUUAUAUAAUAAAAAAGUAUUUAAAUCUAA